GCACAAAUAGUAAUUUGUAUAAUUUCUAUCGAGUCUAAAUUCAUUCAGAGUACUAUUCGUAGUUUCAGCCUCAUCGCAACUCAGGCGAUUUUAUGUAUAAAAUCUUUUUUCUCCAGGGACAAAGUUCAAAAAUUUUAAAUUUUUCUCUUAAAAUAACUAUGCUUUGUUUCCAAUGCACAAUGUAAAAUUGAUCAUUCAUAUUGGACAAGUUUACAAGAACGAAUCAAAGUCCCUGUUAGGUGUAAUGAAAACUUACUAUAAAUCGUUUAGUUACGAACUUCACUUGCUACACAUUUGAAUUUUGAACUUCAUACGUGAUAACGUGUGUGCAACGGUUACAGCAAUAAGAAUGUCGAAUUAAUCGUAGACUAUUUAAAUAUUUUUUCAAAGUAACCGUGGUUAGAUUUUUCUGAUCACCAAUCAUCAUGAAAUCUAUGAAUUCAAGACCACCUGUUGCAUCACGAAAACAUGCUAACCGUCCAAAAUGUGAUAACGAGACAUCUAAAGAACCCGUCAAAGUUUAUUGUCGUUUAAGACCAAUGAUUCAUCCUAACGACAUAUCGUGUAUAAAUAUCAUUUCCGAUACAAGCUUAAUUAUUACAUCACCAGAAUCUGUAACAAACAUUCGUACUGCAAACAGAGCUAUUCAAACAUCUUUCAGUCACGUUUUUGACGCCAAUUCUUCUCAGAAAGAAGUAUUCGAUUGUGUUGCUUUACCAUUGAUAGAAAAUCUUGUUAAUGGUAAAAAUAAUUUACUGUUUACAUAUGGGGUGACUGGAAGUGGUAAAACAUACACUAUGUCUGGUAAUCCCAAUGAUCCCGGCAUCAUGCCUCGUACUUUGGAUGUUAUCUUUAAUAGUAUAGCAACUUGCCAGGCCAAGAAGUUUCUCUUUAAACCGGAUAAGUUGAAUGGAUUUGACAUUCAAUCUGAAGCUGAUGCACUAUUAGAUAGACAAAAUGACCUUCAAAGAUUUGUAAUAGCUCAGAAUGGAAAGACUCCUAGAAUGCGAAAACCAGAUAAUGAGAAUAACUUCAAUGAGAAUAUUGUGACACAAAAUAGCAACUCGCAAAUUAUAUUCAUUGAUGAGGAUAAUGUAUAUGCAGUGUUUAUAACUUAUGUUGAAAUUUAUAAUAACAGUGUAUAUGAUUUAUUGGAUGAUAAUGAAGGAAAAGUAAAAACUUUACAGAGUAAAAUUAUUCGUGAAGAUGGAAACAGGAACAUGUAUAUUCAUGGAUGUACAGAAGUAGAAGUUAAAAGUUCAGAGGAAGCAUUUGAAGUAUUCCAACGUGGUCAACAUAAAAGACAUGUUGCAUACACAGCUCUUAAUGCUGAAUCAAGUAGAUCUCACAGUGUUUUCACUAUAAGACUUGUACAGGCACCAUUAGAUAGGGAAGGUGAACAAGUUGUUCAAGAUAAACGAGUCAUUUGCAUCAGUCAGUUAUCCUUAGUAGAUUUAGCUGGAAGUGAACGUACAAAUCGUUCCAAAAAUACUGGUCAACGUCUUAGAGAAGCAGGAAAUAUAAAUAAUUCAUUAAUGACGCUGCGAACAUGCUUGGAAAUACUUCGUGAAAAUCAAACCCAGAAUACAAACAAAAUAGUUCCCUAUCGAGAUUCCAAAGUGACGCACCUUUUUAAGAAUUAUUUUGAUGGUGAAGGAACUGUGAGAAUGAUCGUUUGCGUUAAUCCUAGAGUUGAUGACUAUGACGAAACUAUACAAGUUGUGAAGUUUGCAGAAGUCAGUCAAGAAGUGCAAAUUACAAAUUCUGCAACUCCGAAAGUAGAUCUAGGAUAUGUACCCGGUAGAAAACAAGCCAACAAACUAUUUAAGGAGGCAAAGAAUAGAUUGGAGUGUGCCGGUCAUGCGGGUGCCGGUGACUUAGAAGUCGAUUUAGGUUUAGUAUAUAGUCUUGGAGGUCCAUUCCCAGAAAUGAAUUUAUCCAGUCCACACAAUGAUGAAAUUAUUACUACGCUGAUGCGCUUCUUGGAAAUGCGUAUUCAGAAACGAAACGUCUUACAAGAUGAUUUGAAACAGAAACAAAAUAACUUCAGAAAUAUGUUGGUAAAAAUAGAGCGCGAGAACGUAUCGCUCAAAAUCGAAAAUUCCGCGCUGAAAGCAUCGAGUGACCAACAAAAGAAAAAAAUAUCUACUUUAGAAGCUCAUAUUUGUAAGACGGAAGCCCAAAUCGAUACUUUAUUGUAUAGAUUAAAUAGCGCGAAUGAUAUAAUCAGACACAUGAAACAAGAAUUAAAGAACAAGGACAUGAUAAUAAAUCAACGUGAAAUAGAUAAACUGAGAGUUAAGGAAAAAUACAACAGUAAAAUUCAAGUGGAAACCGACAAAAUGGGCAAGGAAUUAGAAAGUAAACUACGUCGUCAACGUGAACUUCUUCAGUGCCAAAUGAAGGAGAAAGAGGACAAACUGAAAUUAAUGAAACAGAUAUUAGUAAAUAAUAAUGAUGAAAUCACGAAAGAUGAAGAACCUAAGGAAACAAUUUCAGGAAUAAGUGAUAUAGAAAUUCCUACCUCAUCCAAAGUUGCAAGUAGUCCAAGCUGUUCCUCAGAAACUAUGUCUUGUAUGACAGUUACUCCAAAAAUAAGUGCGAAGUCUGCAUCUACUAUUCAGUUUAAAGAUAAUGACAUGACAAUUACUCCAAAAAUUAGCGCGAAACCUACGUCUAUUGUUGAGUUUGGAGAUAAUAAUAAUGUCCGAGAAAGAAUUCCAGUAGUAAAUCUGCGAUACAGGCGGUCUCAAAGUGCAGAGAGAUGGAUCGAUCAUCGGCCUCCUGGUUUAGUUCCAGUUGGAACCAUUUUCCAACCUCUUAUGCGACAUAAAUUAAGUGUUACACAAUUGACAGAUCCGAAGGACAUAACAGAUAGAGCAUCCAGAUAUUGCCUCGUUGCGCAGGAGCAGGAUGUGGACGGUGAACUUGAAACUAAACUUUAUAAAGGUGAUAUACUACCAACAAGUGGAGGAGGUGCGCAAGUUGUAUUUAAUGACAUGGAACAUUUAAAACAAGUAUCACCCGUUGUAAGAAGAAAACGUAGCGUUUUUUUAAGUCCAGAAAAUAAAGAUUUCGUUUCACAAAAAGAAUGUUGCGGUUCGGAAGAAAAUUAUUCGAAGAAACCACGCGUUUAGCUUCAUCAAGAUAACUUUUGUAUGCGUUAUUUUGCUUAUGAAACAUUGCAAAGAUAUGUUUCAUAAAUAAGAUAAAAUACAUAAUAUGUAUGUAAAAACCAAAGUUGCGAAGAGGUGAAAUUCUCUUCGAUCUCGUUAUGCAAUAACAAAAAGUACAAAUCAAUUAUAAGUAUAUAAACUUAUGUUUAUUAUAUCUUUGUUUAAUUUGACAACGAAAUAUAUAUUUUCUGUUACCGAGUUAGAUUAAUUUUAAUAAUAGGAAAAUAAGUUAAUUGUUUAUAGUUUAAAGUAUAUUGUUGCGAAAGCUAUUUCUUACUAAAAGACUAAUUACUGUGCAGCUUAUAAAAUAAAAUUCAACAUAUUCCUUCCUAAUAUCUUUUUUUAUUUAUAAUUCCGUAUCGUGUUAAAUGUCCAUUUAUUUCCCGUGGCUUCUACAACACAGACUCUGUGAAUAAUACAAACGUUAGGAUAACAGAAGCCUGGACGUGUAUUGCCAACAGCAAAGUAGUGAAUAUAUAUAUAUACAUCGUUUCUACACGGUGCGAAUUACAAAUAAUCUAAAUUAAGAAUAAUCGAAAUUUGUUUUAUUUUUUACGGUCGAAUUGCAAAAGCGGUUUUAUGAAUUCAUAGUUUUCAAAUAAAUAAUUAUUAUAAAUUUCGAACAGCUUUAGUAUUUGCAAGUUAAUGUAAUAGUAAAAAAAAAUAUAUUCAAAAAAUUUGCUACUGUGUAGCAGUAAACUGUAGUCGACAGAACAAGUUAUAUUUUUAUCUUAUAGAAACUACAACAUUACAGAAAUUGAGCGUACUCUUGCAACUGAUAUUGUUAUUGUAUAGUACAGUGUUGUCGACAAUAUGCAUUACAUUUUCAUUUUUACUUAUACUCCCGAUGUGUUGGCAACGUAUAAAAUCAUACAAAGUAUCGAGACUAGAUGAAUACCUUAAUUAGUAAAGUAAUUAGUCAUUAUAUUAUGAUCAGUUUUAACAAAUUAUAAAAAAAUCGAUUAUUAGAUUAUUUAAAGAUAGAGUGUUAUGCGACGAUGCAUUCUCCCCUUUGUUUUUACGCAGUACAAACGGUAGAAUAUUGUUCAUUAGAAGCUAUUUGUUGUAAGAUAAUAAAUUUAUCGAAUAAAAAAGUGAAGUUACAGUAGAAUUGUUCUGCAUAGAAAUUGUUAAGCGAGUUCUUGUGCAGCUGAAGUUGGGCUGAAGUCUUGACGCAUUGAGAACCGAAUGCUAUCAAUGAUUUAUCUUUUUGUUUAUAUGUAUAUAUAUAUAAAUAUAUGUUUUGUUAGAAAAACUAACAUAUUGUCAUCAAACUACUAUUGGUUAAUUUUUACAUCGAGGAAAGAAUAUAAAUAUACUUUGGUUACAUCGUACUGUUUAGGAAAGGAACAAGUCGACGUUCCAUUCUCAAUGCAUCAAAGAAUAUAUAUGCCAUUCUCAUUUACUUAAAU